GCUCCGAUGCGAAUCGUCACGCUGCGAAUGAACAGCUUCUUCCCUACCAAGUCCAAGAUGGCAGACGAAGUUGCAGACGAAGCCGAGCACGUGCCGACGACUCCAGUCGGUGACGUAAACAGCUUCGUCCAGCGUGCCCUGAGUAGCGUCCUCCGUGCGACCAAGUCUUCCCGGACAGCCCUGCCCAGCCCUGGCGAUGACUUCGAUUACUACACCAGCUUUGCCGGCUUCAGGGAGUUUGCAGCCGCACAUGCACACAAGAUUGUCAACAACAUGAACACACUGUUGCGUCACGAGGGGGUUGAAGGUGAGGUCCUGCGUGGGAAGAAAUCCGUGGAGCUGGACGAUCGACUGGACACGGUGGUGGAGGCUAAUGAUAUCAUUCUGGAGAGAGUGGGCAGUCUCCUGGAUGAGGCAUCAGGAGUGGUGAAACAAAAGGAGCCAGUCCUACCCGCUGGAACACCUCAGGCAGGGACACUCGUGUCAUCAUGGAACAAAAAGUCCAGGUCCAGGAGCGGUAGUGAGAAGAGCGUGACAUGGAGACUUCUGCACGCCAGGAACAUCGAGCGUCCACAGCUCAAGUUCAAGGACAAGAUCGACAACAGCAACACGCCAUUCAUCCCCAUCAUACGCCACAAACCCAACGCUCUCCGUCCGCUGCCUAAAUAUGACCAACAGAAGCGCCACCCGGAGGAUCUGGACGUCCCUACAGCCCUGGCUGACUUUAUCCACAGACAGAGGGAGGCACAGGAGGGGCAGCCUGUCGACCUGACGGCACAUCCCUACCAGUACGAGUUAGAACACUUCCAGCCCACUCCGCAGCAGCUACAGAAGACACAACCACAGACUUCAAAUCCCAUCGAUACCACGCCCCUGACUCUGGUCACCUCACUUGAAGAGUUGAUGGAGAUGAACGACAAGUUAUCCAUGUGUUCAGAGUUUGCAGUGGACUUAGAGCACCACUCCUACAGGUCGUUCCAGGGUUUCACCUGUCUGAUGCAGGUGUCGACUCGUGACCAGGACUACAUCGUGGACACCCUCACGCUGCGGGCCGACCUCCACAUCCUCAACGACACUUUCACCGACCCCAAGAUUGUCAAGGUUUUCCAUGGAGCAGACAUGGAUAUCCAGUGGUUACAGCGAGACUUUGGCGUGUACGUGGUGAACAUGUUCGACACGGGCCAGGCAUCGCACGUCCUCGGACUGCCCAGACACUCACUGGCGUACCUACUGAAGACCUACUGCGACGUGGAACCUGACAAGAAGUACCAGCUAGCAGACUGGAGAAUCAGACCUAUUCCCAGUGAGAUGAUCCAGUAUGCCCGUGAAGACACCCACUAUCUGCUGCACAUCUAUGACUGUAUGAGAUCAGAACUGUUAGACAGGGGAAACAACGAGGCUAACCUCUUACACAACACACUGGAGAGGAGCAGACAAGUGUGUCUACAGAGGUACCAGAAGUUGCUGUACACAGAAGAUUCCUACCUGAAUCUGCUUCAGAAACACAAGAAAACCUUCAACUCGCAACAGCUCCAUGCAGUGAGACUGUUGUAUCGGUGGAGAGACACAGUGGCCAGACAAGAAGAUGAAAGUACAGGGUACAUUCUGCCCAACCACAUGUUGUUAGUGUUAGCGGAGGCAUUACCCAAGCAGACACAGGGUGUGUUUGCCUGCUGUAACCCUGUCCCCCCGCUGGUCAGACAACACAUCGAGGAUGUUCACAGACUCCUCGUACAAGCCAGGGAUGUGCCAAUAGUCAAGACUGAAAGCACUGCUGUGAAAAGACAGGACAAGACAGUCCAGGAUGAGCGCAUAGCUGACCUGUACUGUCCACAUGACCUGUCUAAACUUACAGCACAUCCUGAUGUCCAGAUUCUACCAACUCCAGUGACAGUUGCAGUAAAGAAGACUCCCUCCAUGUUUGGUGAGGGUGGAGGAAGGGAAAAGGACCUGUCACAACCUCCUCUACCCUGCAUCAAGCCACAUCCUGACAUCACAUUGUUUGAUACAGUAGCAAAAACACAGAAAGGGACUGCCAGUUCUGAUGGAAAACUUUCUGCAAAUCAGGAAAAGGUUGCAAGAAUAAUGGCCUCCUUCACAAGCCCGUUUGAAAAGAAACUGCCCUUCAAACUGGUGCAGCCAGGGUUCCAUGAGUUCACACCAACUACCAAGGCCAAGGUGAAGUCAAAGAUAAACACAGCCACAAGCAAACAGACCAAGUCUUCUCUGGGCCAGAGUAAAGAUGCUGAGACAGAGGUCACACAAGGUACAGAUAACUCAGUGGGUUUAAAGAGAUCAGCCACACAAGUUGAAGAAGAGGCACCAGUACCACUGAGUGAAAUGGGCGCAGGUCCAAAGAAGAAGAAGAAAAAGAAGAAAGGAAAAACAUCUGAUACCAGUGAUGUACAAACACAGGAGGAAUGUACUCCUAGCGUAACUGUUGUUCCAGAAGAUAGUCAAGCAGACAACAGUGCCCCCACGGAACAAGACACGGCCAGCAAGCCCAAAAAGAAAAGAAAAGCUCAGGACAUUUCAGAAUUGGACAAAGACUUCCAGCCAUUUGACUACAGCAAGACAGACAUGUCUGUUUUUAACCUUACUGAGGGAAAGAAGAAAAAGAAGAUUAAUAAGAAACAGAAGAACAAGAAAGGCAAGGCAGGGGGAAACUGA